GCUCGGCUCGGCGCGGCGCAGCUCGUGCGGGGACGCGACUCGGCGGCCGGGUCCGGGCGGCGCGGCGGGGAGCAUGAUCCUGCCCGCGGAGGGGAUGAGCGCCGCGCACUCGCGGAGGAGCCCUUCCCGCGGCGCCUGGGCGGCCGGUGGGUCAGGCCACGCGAAAACGGCACCCAAGAUGAGUUCGUCGUCACUCCUGGCUGAGGGCCCCAUCGACCCGCCCGUGCUGCUCUCGGACAUCAAAACGGAGCCGCCUGAGGAGCUGCUGGCCAGUGACUGCAGCCAGCCCCAAGCCGAACCCGUGGACCUGUCCCUCAACAAGUCAAAGUCCUUGGUGCCAGCAGCACCCCCGCCUCCUGUCUCGGUCCAGUCCUCGCCCAUGCUGGUGGCUCCCCCCAUCCCAGCGCCAACGGUGUCCAUCUCUCCCUCGGGCUUGAGCUCCACCUCUGCCAUCCCGGCUGUCCUGUCUCCUGGCUCCAUCCUGGCAUCCACGCAGGGCAGCGGUGGGCAGCAAAUCCUCCACGUCAUCCACACCAUCCCCUCCGUCAAUUUGCCCAGCAAGAUGGGCAACCUACAGACUAUCCCCGUGGUGGUGCAGUCCCUGCCUGUUGUCUACACCACCAUGCCCACAGACGGUGUGACCGCCAUCACUGUCCCGCUCAUCGGAGGUGACGGCAAGAAUGCCGGGUCCGGACAAUUCCAGCUUCCCGUCAUGAGAAGUCCCCAGCGUUUCUUAUCGGGGGGCCUGGCCUGGAUCUCUGCUCCUCUGGGAACGGGGUGGCAUCUGGCAGAGGAGGGGCAGGCAGCUGAAAGGAGUCAGCCCCCAGCAAUGGGCGAAGUGAAAAUUGACCCCAGCUCCAUGUAUCCCAUGGACAUGAACAGUGACAGCGAGGACAGCGUGUCCGAGAGCGGCCCAGCCCCCUUCCAGGACCUGCAGAGAGAGUCGGCAGUGGCGCGGAUGCAGCGAGCGGAUUCUCCUGACCUGAAGAAGCGGCGGAUUCACCAGUGCGACUUUGAAGGCUGCAAUAAGGUCUACACCAAAAGCUCCCACCUCAAGGCGCAUCGGCGGAUACACACAGGUACGGGUGAGAAGCCCUACAAGUGCACCUGGGAAGGCUGCACCUGGAAGUUUGCCCGCUCCGAUGAGCUGACCCGACAUUUCCGCAAGCACACGGGCAUCAAGCCCUUCCGCUGCUCGGACUGUGACCGCAGCUUCUCCCGCUCUGACCACCUGGCCCUGCACCGCCGGCGACACAUCAUGAUGUGAGGAGCAAGGCCCCGAGGCACGUGACUGCGGAGAAGGUGAGGAAGAGUGAAAAAGGGGGGGGUACUCCCCACUCUUCCAGGUGCAGGAGAAGGACUGCAGGGCCUGGGAGUGAGCGAGGCCCAUCUCUGCCUGGCAAUGAGCAAACUGUGGCUAUCUGCAUCUCCAAGCGUGGAGCCACCUGCCCCCACCACAGGUGCAAGAUCUAAAAGAAAAAAAAAAGAAAAAAGAAAAAGAAAAAAAAAAAGAUGGUUUCCAGACUGAUUCUCCUUCUCUUGCUCCUGUUUCCUCCUUUUCCUGGACUUCUCCUCCCUCCUUCCAACAUCCGGAGGCCCCUCCUUUAUUUCUUACCCUGGAUUCAUCCAGCAGCUGCCUCUGGACCCGUGUGUCUGCCCUUCAGUCUCUCGCCCAUCUCCGCGCACACCAAGAGACGUGCUUGUGUGCUUACGGCUGUCUCCCCCUGCACGCGAAGCUGCUCUGCUCUCAGUCCUCUGUGGAUGCAACCUUGCCUGGCUGGCAAAAGGAUGGAGGACCCGGCAGGGACAGCAGAGGCAGGCCGGGAGCUGGGAUUAGCCCCGCGUGAUAGCUCUCUGCCGCUUUCUGUUCGGGGGCACGCGCAGAAAGACGCUCGCUCCCCUUCCCCAGCCCACCGCUGGCUCCCUGUGGGUGCCCGUUCCCCGCCUGGUCCCAAGCCACCGGAAUGCCUAGGAGAGGAAGGGGGACCUGGCUCUGGCGCAGCACCUCCUUUCGCAUCCCUCUGCACGUGCUGGGCUUCACAGAAUGUGCCGGGAGCGUGCAGGAGGGCAAAGGAAGAAAAGAAAAAGCAAGAAGAAAAGAAAAAAAAACCACCCCCAACAAGCCACCACCAGAAAAGGGAAACUUUGCGGAACAUGGAACUGUGAUUUUACUGAAUUUUAAGGGGGGAGGGAGGGGAAGGGUAGGCAGGGGCGGCCAGGUCUCAAUUUUUGAAGACUAUGGGCCAACUGAACCAUUUCUAACUUAAAAAGGCAGCAGCCUUGAUACAGACUGUGGCCGUGCGCUUUUCUUUUUAAUGGUAAUUAUUAUAUUUUGUGGGCCCCCUCCCUGCCCACUUGUCGUGGGUGGAGCGAGCGCUUGCUGGGAGGGCAGCAGGUGCUGGGGUUGGACCCUGGGGUGGCUGGAGGACAGGAGAUGUGACAGGGCCCUGGUAGAUGUGGGGUCGGUGGCAGCUUUCCCCCACCCCAGGCUCCUGUUGAGCUGGUGGGGUUGGCUUGUGCCUCGUCCUGCAGCCUGGCCCCUGCCCGCACCCCGGCACAGGGAGCGGCACAGGCUGAGCUUGGGGGGGGGGGGCAAAGCCCCUUGGCCCCUUCUCAAUUCCCUGGCACCCCCCCCCCCCCCAAAAAAAAAAAGUCUCUUACAGCCAUCCUGAGAAACUACCUUCCCUCUUCCCCUCCUUCCCCUCUGCUUUCCGCCCUCUCUGCCGGGAGCUGGGAUGCGGGUGACCCCCUCCCUCGCCUGGGGGGCUGCUCCUGGGCUUCAACCCCUGCGUGUCCCCAUGCCACCUGGGUGGGUGACCCCCCACCCCCCCUCCCAUGCUCACCCAGCAGUGCAGAUUAGAAACCCCCCCGUGCCUGUGGUGAAAAGGGGGGCAGGAAACCCCCCCCCCAACCUCGGGAGCUGGUUAGCAGGGGUUGGGGGGCCAAUUUUUACUUACGGUGCAGCGGUGGGGGCGGGGGGGAGGCUUUGGGGACGCCACCGCCGAGUCGUCCCCUGUCCGGCCCCACCUCGGCUGGGGGGUUUUGUCUUGACACUCUGCUCUUGCUCGAGCUUUUUUUUGGGGGGAGGGGGGUAAAACCAGCUGCGCGGCGGGCGCGCGAGAGCCCCGCGGCCGGGGAGGGGGCGCGGAGCCGCCAGCCCCGACCUCGCCCGGCCGGAGCGGAGCGGGGAGCCUCGGAGGCGGCGUGAGCAGGGUGCGUUCGGGCUUGGGGUGGGGUUUUUUUUUUCCUUUUUUUUUUUUUUACCAUGAAAUUUUAAACUCUCGAGCUGUGAUAUUUGUACAAAAACCAUUUGACGUUUUUUCUACAUGGGAAUAAUAUUG